UCGGCCCUGCCCUCCCAUGUCUGCCCGGGGAGGAAGUCUCCGUAGUCCGUGGAGAGUUUCGGAGAGUCGCGGCGGGCGGUUCGACCUACAGCGGGACUACCAGCACAAACAGGAUGGCUUGAGCUGCGGAUAUCUGCCCCAGUUUGCGCCCUCCUCCCUACUUAAUACCCAGUAAAAGACACCAUGGUCGCGGGAGGUCCGUUAUUUGCCCGCCGCUCCGUCCCAGUCAGCGGCCGCCGAGCUGUGUGCUGAACCGGGGCGGCCGCUUCAUGGCAAACGUUAAAGUUGCCGUCCGGGUCCGUCCUCUCUCUGCGAGGGAGACCGCCGAUGGAGGAAAGCUAGCCCUUCAGGUGGAGGACAAAUUGGUGAGGAUCCGCAACGUGAAGUUGGACGGUCGUUCAGAGGGAUCUGUAGAUUCCAGGGAGAAGCUCCUGGAGUUCUGCUUCGACUACUGCUACUGGUCGGUGGACCCUGCAGACCCUCACUAUGCCUCGCAGGAAGAGGUCUUCCAGGACCUGGGCGUGUCGGUGCUGGCCGGAGCAUCCGAGGGCUACAACGUGUGCCUGUUUGCUUACGGCCAAACGGGAUCUGGAAAGACGUACACCAUGAUGGGAGCACCGGAGUCCGUUGGCUUGACGCCUCGCAUUUGUCAGGGUCUGUUUUGUCCUGAAGACUCGUUCUCCGAUGGGCAAAACUCAAGCAGAGUGGAAAUCAGCUUUUUGGAGAUCUACAAUGAGCGCGUUAGAGAUCUGCUGAGAGGAGGAGAGCAGAAGAAGAGAACUUCCCUUAGAGUCAGAGAACAUCCUGACAAAGGCCCAUACGUUGAAGAUCUUUCACAGCACAUGGUCACCGACUGCAAACAGGCCAUAGACCUUUUGGAGGAAGGCGUUGCUAACCGCAUGACGGCAGCGACCCACAACCACGACGCCAGCAGCAGAUCCCAUGCCAUCUUUACUAUUCAGUACACACAGGCAAUACUAGAAAAUAACCUCCCUUCAGAAACUGUCAGCAAGAUUAACCUGGUGGACUUGGCCGGAAGCGAGAGAGCAGAUCCCCAGUACUGCAGGGACAGACUGACAGAGGGAUCCAGCAUCAACAAGUCACUGGUCACCUUGGGCAUUGUCAUUUCUGCUCUUGCCCAGAACUCCCAGAUGUCAAGCAGCUGUCAGAGUAUCAACAGUGUGGCCUCUGAGGGCGACAGCAGCACGUUGGGCAGCCACAGCAGCUCCCUGUCUGGUGGAGGUGGAGGUGGGCGAAGGCAUUGCUUCAUCCCCUACAGAGACUCAGUCCUCACUUGGCUACUGAAAGACAGUCUGGGUGGCAACUCAAAGACCAUUAUGAUUGCGACGGUGUCGCCCUCUGCUAGCAGUUACAACGAGACCCUGAGCACCCUUCGCUACGCUGCUCACGCCAGAAACAUCGUCAACAAGCCUCGUGUUAAUGAGGAUGCAAAUGUCCGCCUCAUCAGGGAGCUGAGAGAAGAGAUCGACAGGCUGAAGAGCAUGCUGCUCAGCUUUGAGCUGCAGCGUAAUCCCAGUCCGUCACUGAGUGACGAGAGGGAUGGAAACCUUUCUGAAAUCGUGCUACAGAAUGAGCUAAAGGUGGAGCAGCUGACGAAGGACUGGUCAGAGAGCUGGAGAGACAAGAAGGAGCUGCUGGAGCGCUACAGUGUGGACAUCAACAGAGACAGGGCCGGUUUCCUCAUCAACUCCCUGCAGCCUCACCUGGUUUCCCUGGAUGGAGAUGUUCUCAGCACUGGGGUUAUUUUCUAUCACCUCAGGGAAGGAAUUACUCGCAUUGGACCUCAGGAGCAGUUUGAAGAACCACAUAUAGUUCUUCAGGGCAGUUCCCGCUGCGAGAUUGAAAACCACGGGGGUGUGGUAACGCUCCGACCGCUGCCGGGCUGCGCCUGCCUCCUCAACGACAGAGAGGUCACCGGGCCCUGCAGACUGGCUCAAGGGACAGUGAUUACCUUGGGAGGAGUUCACAAAUUUCGCUUCAACCACCCGGCUGAGGCAGCAAUCCUUCGGGAGCGACGGCGGGUCAGUGAAGGCAGUGUGACGUGCACUUUUGUUGACUUUUGGCCUCCUGACAACGAGGUCAAAGAGCUGCGGCUCGAUUCCUCGGAGGAGCUUCAGGCCAGGCGGCGGGUAGAGGAGCAGAAGCGCUAUGUGGAGAGUUUGCGGCAAGAGAUUCAGGCAGAGCAGAGAAGAGCAGAAGGAGAGCUGGACAGGGAGCAGGCCCAGCUCCGACAGCAGUACUCCGACAUGCAGCAGUGGAUUUUACACGAGAAACUUCACCUGAACACAGCGGAGGAGAGGGUGAAUCAAGACUCCGCUGUCCAAACAGACCUCCCUGCUCCCCUUCUGGAGAAACUUACCAGCCAGGUGUUCGCGGGUCAGAAACCUAUCAGCGUGGAGUAUCCCUCCAAGGGGGUGAGGGCCCGGAAGAAAAUCGUGCAGGAUGAGUUGCUAAAGCAUCACGCCGUGUGCCGCGCCGAGGGCCGCGUCCGUCGGAAGAAGCUGCUCCACCAGCUGCAGAAAAUCGCCAACAAGCGCCAUCUGCUGGACGCCAAGAGAAAGCUGCAGCAGCUGGAAAGUACGCUUCCCCCAGGACCGGAUAGCCCGCAGUCCCCGGAGAUGGGCUCAACCCCAAAGCUGGAAGAACCAUCAUUUGUAUCACGUAGACACUCGUUUUCAUUAGAUCUGUUGUCUCGGCUCUACCCUCAGCGUACACCUAUCUUUAGGCACUUCCUCAAGAGAAACAAGUCCGUGGACCGAUCAUUAAAUUCACCAACUGCGUCUGAUUCCAUCAGCAGCAGAACGUGGGUUUCAGAGGAAUGUCUCCCUCGAGGAAGGACCCAAAGUUGCUCUGGCUCCAUCUCCUCCGGACAAAAUCAGAACACGGUAAACCCUUACGCAAACGCCAGACAAACGUCCAAAGAGAAGCCACAGCCUCAGCCAUGUCUGGGCCAGCUGGGAAGAAAGCCUCUGCUGCCGAACCGCGUUGACGCGUUGUUCAGGAACAGAUUGGAUAAGAAAUCCGCAGCUAUUCUUAAAUCCCCUCUCAGAACCGCGUCUCUGCCAGUCAGCAAAGAAAAUGCACAGAUAUCCAAAGCGGACGGUGUCGUCUCUGACAGGAGCUGCUUUACGGGUGGAAAGGGGCAUUUCUCCGCUGAUAGCAAUGGGAUUAAACCCGUCAGCAGAUCGUUGUGUCAGUCUGUAGGGCCCAGGAUAAAGACGGCUCUGUCCAAAGUUUUCAGAAAAGCACCCCCGGGCGUAAAGGGACGCCGAGGUCUUAGACCUCUGGGAAGGAUUGCAGGUAAAUUUCCUUGGAGACGAAGAGGAGACAAGAGCCUGAAAGAUUCUUUAAUUGAUCAGAACGUAGGUACUAUCAAAGCGACUGUGUCAUGUGAGGAGCUAGAUGGGAGGAAUCUGUUUGAGAGCCUCAGACACAGACGCUGGCACAGCACUGAGGCGCUGAUGGACAAGAGUAGAAGGGCAGAAGGCCGUCGAGGACUUUCUGGAUGGGUCCGAGAGCAGGAGGAAGGAUCGUCAGACUGCGAGAGCCUUUUCUCCCUUGACUCUCUGUCGUCUGCUUAUGCAGCAGCGCUAGCCGAGCGUUUGACACGUGAAGACUCGGCUCCGAGCGACGCAGAAAGCAAUGACAGCGAGAUGUCUAAAGAUUCCUUAACUUCGGAGCACAGCGGGCGGUUCCCGACGGUUAAAAGACGCAAGCGUGCGGCGGUUCCCAGUUACUCGCGAGCGACAGACCCGACGCCUUCGUCUACGCAGAACCGUGGCACGGGAGGACCCGGCAGUGAUCUGUGCCGGUCCCAGAGAUUUGUCGUAACCCCGUCUGAGGCACACGUGAGCUGUGAUGCAACAAGGAUGUCCCAGAGUUCAUUAGAAGCGGACGGUGUGCGCAAACUGAUAGAUGAUUUCAGGAACUUGCAGACCUCUUUGACCAGCAGCCGCGGUGUGGGAGGGCCAGAAAACCUGCUGGCUCUCGCUGAUUUUUGGUCCUCUGUAGAUGUGGCUGAAAGCCCGAGCCCUGACAGGGAAUCUCUGCCGUCACAGGGAAAAGGUUUGCUCUUGAACGCAGAAAGUAACAGCAGCAGCCCGAGUCCAUUUAGCAGGAAUCUGUCAGACUCACAGAGUGAAUCUAGACCUUUUAGCUCCGAGGUUUUAAAUGCCGUCGAGCUGGAUCAGUGCCCUGAGGGGUCAAUGGAGUCCGACGCUGCAGCCUCAGAAAACGUCCUGCAGUCAGAGUUUGGACAAACCAACACAGCCCCCCUUAACGCACCUCCAGAAUCUGUGCCAGCUUUGGAUCAAACUGGUUUCUUGUCACUGAAAGACAUUCGGCCAGCAAGCUCAGACACACUUCAUGAGUCUACAGAUGCACCAGAUGGUGUGCUUGCUGUCACUGCACCAUGUAGGUCAGGUUUCCCAUCAGCAGCAGCAGCAGCAGCGCUGGAGAACACACCUGACGGCGUAAGAUUGUUUCAGCCUCCCGUCAAAGACCAAGCAUGGCCGAACUAUUUCAGGAGCACAGAAGCUGGAUCAGUUAAACGGGAGGAACCCAACAGCAAUGAGCCGUGCGUUGCUCUCCAGCAGGAAGUUGUUAAAUCGCACUGUAAAAACUCCAGGAAGAGGAACAAAGACCACCAGAACGCUUUUAUGGGCUGCCUGAAAAUUCCCAAAAGGAGCGACAGUGGGGAGACGGAAACUUUCUCCCCUCCGCCAGGGGACAGCUUGGAAGGUGUUCAGUCUGAUGACAAUAGCGACAGCAGGGACUCCAAGGGGGAGACUAACAGCCAAGGAUUUUACUCUUCCUGCGCUGAUGGAGCAGAUUCAGAUGCUUCAGAUUCAUCGCCAGCUUCUGAUCUUCACGCCGCUGAACCUGAACCAAGCGGCCAGAUCUUCGAGUCUCAGCUCAAACGCGAGGACAAGAGUUCGCAGUGUGAUGUCUCUGUUAGAGAUAAUGAGUUUGUAAAAAGCGGAGAGGUGAGAGUGGAUAGAGAGUUUGAAGUCGUAGAAGGGGUUAAAAAUGACACCGAUGGCGACAGGAAGCGGGACGCGAGAGCAAAGCACACAUGCAGGUCAGAGGCCAUUUGCAGCGCUAUUGAUCUGAGGAUCUCUGAAGUGAUAAAAGAGCACGUGGAGUCGUCAGGAGGAAUUAACAAAAGUCAAAGUCUGAGUAUUUUGUCAUCAUCUGCAUGUCCUUAUAGCUCUGAUUCUAAUCAAAGUAGAUGGACAGACGACCAGCGGAGAGAUGACAGGAGUAAAGAUGUGAAAGAUGGGGUAAUCCGUGCAGACGCGCGAGCGUUACCUGCAGCUGAGCAUUUGGGAUCAUGUGUGCCUCCUGAGCAGAGUACUGGCCAUGAAUGGGUAGAAAACACAAAGAGGAAAUAUGUUACUGAUGAAGCUACACGUGUAGUAGCACGCCCUCCCGAUUCGAUCAUCCUCCAUGAUUUAAAUUCUGAUCUCGUUCCUGGACUCCAGACCGAACACUCAAGUCAGCAGCUUCUCAAACGUGUCCAUGAAGCAGCUUCCGCCUCAAAUCACAACAACGGGAACUGUUUCUCCUCUGAUUCAGACGAUAUCAAUAUGAUGGAUGGAUUAAAAGCGAAUGGUUAUCCAUCCGAACAAAACCCCCCACACCUGAUUCAGGGGACCAGAACCCAAGCCGAGAGAUCUGCUGCGGGAACCUUAACUCAUCUGGUAAAAGCAGACAGACGCCUCAGCAGCCGGAUCACAUUUUCUCCUGUGCUUGGAGAACAUUUUGAAACGGGCCACAAGGCGAGAGGCAAACCCGCCGCAGCACACGGUCAGCAGAGCUGUCCGCAAGUUUAUGUAGAGAACGUAGGUCAGGCUUCUGUCGUCAGCAUCGGCGUAAAAGACGCAGGUCCAAAUCCCCCAUGCCACUUCAAUGAAAAGCAUGAAAAAAACAGUGAGCAGCUUUGUUCGGUAAGAAGUGAUAAAGCGGCUGGGACGUUCCCUCUCAACCCAAAGGAUAAAAUGCUCUCGGAGGCGUUGAACUCUAAAGGUUUUCCUCCCGUUAAAGAGCUCCAAAUGCCGCGGGCAGAUUCUUCUGUACCGUCCACCAUAAACCCAGCUCUCACAACGGGUAAUCCCGCUCUCAAGAAGAAAAAGACAAAGAGGUUCAGGAAGUCUGACGUCAAAACCCGUCCCGCUGCUUCUGACUCAUCUCUGACAUCGUCGGAUGAAGAGGAGGAGGAGGAGAAAGAAGGCAACAAGAGGCAUCAUUGCAGGCUGGAAUCUAAAUGCUUCAGGGUGGGAAGAGGUGGCGAAGAAGAAAGCCGCACGCCUCUGUCUGCCAGCGAUUUUAAAGUGAAUUCUGGUGAGGGCAAAACGUCAGGUCACAUCCCAAAAAGGCCUUCUUUGCCUCCCGACGCUGCAUCCCAGAGGACGGGCGCAGAAAAGAGCCGCCUGAACGCGAAGCCAAGCGGAGCACAGCAUACGCCGCGUUGCCAGGACUCUCCCAUCCAUUUUGCGUCCAGUGACAUCAACCCCUUCGUCCACCAGUGGCAGCACAGCGACCCAAGCCAGCACUGCUACAAGACGCCGGUGUUCGGGAGCGCCGCCGACCUGUCCUGUAAGUCUCCCCUCCUGAACAGCGCCGAGAAGCGGAUGGUGAGGUGCUCCAGCGUCGACGACGGUUUGAACGGGCAGAACUCUCCCUUUAACUCCCACCUGAGCACCUACGCCACCAACAAGGGGCUCUCCAGCACCCUCAGCAGCAUCGAGGAUUACGCAGGAAGAGUCGCCGCCAGCCAGGACCCGCGGGCCGAGAGCGGCAGUCAGACGACGAGCGGUAGUUCCUCCGGCAACGACGGGACAGGCUCUGGUCUCGAUUCAAGUCGGGUGGAUGAGAUCGUGCUCGUCUGUUCGUCCGAGCAAGAGUCGAAGACGAGGCAGAAGCAGGCGGAGCGGAGGAGGACGCGAGAGCACGGCACUCAAACCGAGUCUGGACCGGGCGCGGUCUGCAGCGGCCUGAAGAGGAGAGAUCGUCACAAGAGAAGCAGCACUGACGCUCCUUUGUCCAUGAGGAGCAGAGGGGACGUCAAGAAAUCCCCGACGUGGGCAAGCAUGGAAACCAUGUCCGCUCACCUCUCCAAGCUAAUCCACAGCACCUCAGACCUGCUCGACGACGUCCAGGGGAUGAGGUCAGGCGAAGCCAGCAGAUCCAGUCCCAGGAGCGUCAACUCGUCACGCCACAGCUUAUCAUACCGGGAUCAAAGUGGAUGUAGCGAGAAAGACCGCUCGACCCAAACGCCCGUAGAUGCCGCAGUCCAGACAGAGGAGCUGGAAACACCGCUGAAGAGGAAGGGUUCUGUCAACGAAGCACCCAGAGAGCAGGCUAGGUCUUAUGAAGUCAGGGUGAUAGUGAAAGUCAUAGGGCCCGAAGACGAGAGCGUGCACAGUGUGAACGAGACGCAGAGGUUCAACGUCUCCGUCACCCCCCCGUCAGACCAUAACCCGCUUGGAUCGCCGUGCACAAAGACAGCAGCUGGAUAUCACAGGCGUGCGAAAUCGGCCUCCUCCCAGGUCGCGAAGCAAAGCAUCGCCGAGGGACUGAGCCGCAGAAGUGCCCCAGUCACCUCCGGAUCAACGGCAACGUGCUUCCAAGGCAAUCGCAGCUCAUCUCUAACAAGCACUCCAUCUGCUCUUUUCAGAAAACAGGCAACCUUUGCCCACCGCGCGUCCUCUCCCAUUUCUCCUGCGGAGGCAACGUUAGGUUGGAGGCUCAGAGGAAAACCGUCGGUACACUGUCAACCAAAAUGUAGGAAUCCACAAACGAGCCACGCCUCCAAGGAGGACGCCCUGGCUGCUCCUUCUGCUGAAACUCCUACACGGGAUCUAGAUGUCCUCGCCCAUGAAUCAGAAACCAUAUCACUAGAGAGGGUGACUGAAAUGAGUUGUUCAAGUCCUCUAGAAUCGGGCACGAGUUCAGCGAGUCUUAAAUCUUCUUUUGAUACGUACACCGACGUCUUGAAGAGCUGUAAGGAAGAAGACGACCGCCGGGCCCGAUCAGAACGGAACAACCACAUUUUCCCCACCUCCAGACAGGCUGAUGGGCCUGAGCUGCAAGCUUCUAACUUCCCAGGCGCUUCUGGAGAUUUUUGCACUGAUGCCGCCCAUCCAGUGCCCUUCGGUGACAGGAAUCAGUUGGAAGAGGACGACGCGGUAUCGCUGGCGCAGAGCGAGUGCGACACAGACGUCCUCGUGAACACCGAAGCCGCCCCCGCCGUCUCUCCUUGGGACGACCGUCAGAAAGUCCCGGACGACCUGCCCUUGCACAACAAGUUCACCAACUGGUCCGGCGUCGGGCACGGUCAGCGGUCACGGCGCUCGAGCGACACGAAAGCGGCGCUCGCCGACGGCCGCAGAAACCGCGGCGAACGGGACGAGGCGGAGAGCGCGGCUUCGGUCCCGGAGGCCGCGGCGCCGAGCGACAGGAGGUCGAGAGAGAUACUGAAGCUGCGACAGGAGCGGGAGCGUGUGAUGGCCACCGUCAGCCUCAGUGCGAGCCUGACCCCUCUGACCGUGGAGCUGACGGAGGCCAAGCUCCAUUAUGGGCGGGGAGAGACAGACGCCCUGUUGAAGAUGCUGUCGCCGAGGUCCAGAGAGGAGCGGCAGCCGCCGGCAACCAAGAACCAGCUGUAUGACAGCCACCGCCGGAGCAUUGAGGUUUUGAGGCGGGAGAGGGAGGAGCGCCUCCAGACGUGCCGAAGAGCUCGCAGUCUGAGCCCCGGCAAACACGGCCCCCCGCAGGAAGCCGCUCCCACCCCCAGCCGCCGCACGGAGUACCAGCACCCUCUGAGUCAAGGAGUCAGAGAAGCAUCUAGCUUACCGUACCCUGUCAGAGGAGCGGGACAGUGUCCCCCUGACAUUGAGCAGCUGCUGCGGGACUACAGCCGAGCCCGGGAAGAAGCCAGGACAGAGAUCGCCAAGGCUCGAGAACGGCUGAGAGAGAGGACUGAGCUGGAGAAGCAGAGGAUACUGCAGCAGUCCCAGGGGACGCAGGAGGACCUGAAGCACCGCACGAUAAUCAGCAGCAGCACUCUGUGCACCGGAUCCAGUCUGAGUCUGUCCUCGGGACCGACGUCUGGAUACAACAGUGGCCACACCGCUCCACCACAGCUUUGCAACAGGCCAGCGGUGAAUCAACAGAUUGUUGGGGUCCAGGGCGACGGGUGGAAGCAGAGGGCACGCCCACCUGUCUGUGGUUUUCAGAGUGUGAAAGCAAAGCAAACAUGGCUGUCCGCUCAGGAUGUUCGUCUUGAGCUGCCUGUCUGCAGCUUUGAGCCAGCGAUGACUUCCUCUCCAUCGCCUCCUGUACGGCUCCGUCAGCGCACCGCUUCCUUUGGCUCCGUCUCUUCCCUGUCUACAGCCUAUCAAGACAUCACUUCCAGCCUCAUCCAUCAGGCUCUGGCUGAGGUCCGACUCGCUUCUUUUGGGGAUUUGAGCAACCUUAACUUGGGCAACGCCUCUGCUGGUUGGAGUCACCAAGGAGAAGAACGAGGAGUUCGCGCGUACUACAAGUGCUGCUCCAGUCCCUCUGUCCAUGGCUUUCUUGGGGCUGGGGAGGUGCAAAGACCCCUGGACGAUUUGUGGAACAUAAUCUGCCAGAUGUCAAAGAGCCACCUGUAUAACCAGUCAGUUCGUUCUGUGUGGACGCGACCACUAGAUGACAGCACUCAGCUGGUUUACAUACUGACAGAUCCGUCCGCCUGCCACCUUAGCCAGCCGCGGGACUUCUGCUGCAUCAGCACUCAGUCUAAGCAGGGGGGCCUGCGUGUGCUGGCCAUGCAGUCCGUGUUCGAGGAGUCUCUGCCUCGCCCCAGUGUGGACGCCAUCCGGGGGGAGGUGCUGCCCAGCUGCUGGAUCCUGGAGCCAGUGAUACGUGACGGACGGCAGCUGACCAGAGUCGUCUACCUGCUACAGGUGGACCUCGGGACUCCAUCUUUCCCUCAGCGACUCUUGAACACGGUUGCCAGGAGACAGGCGGCUGUGAUCGCCGAUCUCGACGACUUCCUCGCAUCCUGAACCCCGCCAGCCAAAGUGUCUCAAAGCGUCUCCAGCAUGGAGCAAUCCCUGUGAAUUUGCACCUGGAUCUUAUUUACUUGACUCCUUCUUUUCUAACGGCACUGCCGUGUUCCAGACAAAGAGUUGUAGCAAGUUUGUUUUUCUAUAAAGCUAUUUUUAUU